AUGAAAAAAAUACUAAAUAAUGGGAAUCUGAAGAUGAUGAAGGUGGCAUACCCCUUGGGACUGUUUGUAUAUCUGUUCAUCUGUAUUGCCUACAUGAAGUGGCACUGGGUCUCCACCACUCAGGCCUUCUUCAGCAUCACUGAGGCAGCAUCAGGGGACCACAGGAGACAACAGACCUGAAAUCCCCUGGGAAUGACUACAUGUGGUCACAAGGUCUUCUAUGGGGGAAGUACUGGCACCUGAGUGCAUAUCUUUCAAAUCACCUGGCAACCCAGGAGAACUCCCACCUUGACCCAUGAAACCUUCAAAGCACUGCAGCCAGGUCUUUCUGCUUAUGCUGAUGAUGUUGAAAAGAGAGCAAUUUUCUCUUCUAGCACUCCAGGUAUUCAAGAAUUACUGGAUGUUGCUAAGUAAGAAAUUCCUUUUGACUUCUGGAAGACCACCCCCUUGGUCCUCAAGGCCACAGCUGGUUACCAGGAGAAAAGGCUCAGAAUUUACUACAAAAGGAUUGUGGGGCACAAGUGCAGUUGUAUUAAUGGAACAGAUGAAGGCAUUUCAGACUGGAUCACCAUCAAUUUUGUAACAGGCAGUUUGAAAUCCCCAGGAAGCAGCAGUGUGGGCAUGCUGGACUUGGGGAAAGGGUCCACUCAGAUCACUUUCCUUCCAAGAGUUAAGGACACCCUUCAGACCUCCCCACCCAGCUGCUUGACAUCACUGCAGAUUUUUAAUAGGACCUACAAGCUCUACUCAGACGGUUUGUCUUUAGGAGCGAGGCUGGCGAUUCUGGGCGGUGCAGAGGGGAAACCUGUAGAGGGUGGAAAGGAGUUGGUCAGCCCUUGUUUGUCUUCCAGUUUCAAAGGAGAGUGGGAACAUGCUGAAAUAACACAGAAUUUCAGCACUAAAGAUGCGGAGAAAGAAGGCAGCCUAGUCAUCGGAGACUUUGAGAUUGUGGCCAACUAUGUGUGCCAGAUAGUGGUGACACAACCACAGAGCAACCCCUUCAUGUGCAUGGAUCUCACCUACAUCAGCUUGCUGCUCCGAGAAUUUGGCUUCCCGAGAAACAAAGUACUGAAGCUGACUCAGAAAAUCAAUGAUGUUGAGACCAGCUGGGCUCUGGGAGCCAUUUUUCAUUACAUUGAUUCCCUGAAUAGACAGAAGAGUAGGGCCUUGUAG